AUGAACAUCGCAGAACAUGUCCGCCGAGCCUUCUCGGACAAGUCUGUUGCUAUCCCUUCCAACGACGGGUUCUUUGGCCCUGGUUAUAACGGCGAUUUCGACUUCACCAUUCUCUUCGAAAACGUGUUUUUCAGCCUCACCCCUUCUGUCAUUGCUCUCUUGUUGUGUGUCAUAUCGCUCUUCACUGAUCGUGGCAGGCCGACAAUUGCAAAGAGGGGUAUCCUGCUCUGGGCAAAGUUGGUAUCUAUUGGUGUCAUUUUCGUCGUCGAGAUUGCCAAGGCGGUGAUCUGGAGUGGCUACCAGGCUAGCCAACAAGACACAACAGCCGCGUUGACUGAAACCACAAUUGUGGCCUCAAUCUUGUCUCCAAUUGCUACCAUAGCCUUGGGGUACCUGCUUUACUCUGAUCACGUCCAUACCUUUCGCCCAUCUUCACUCCUCAGCAUCUACUGUACCCUCUCUACUGUAGUGGAGAUUAUACGGUCCCGGACCUUCCUUCUUCGCCCAUCCCUGAAUGUCGUCGGUGGUUUGUCCCUUGUGAUUGCUAUUUUCAAGGUGGUAAUAGUCGUCUUGCAAGAGAUUCCGAAACCAUUAAAACAAGAUGACGCAGAUGAAAAGCUGGCGCAAGAUGCGGUCGCUGGCUUUUGGAACCGCACCUUUGUGAUUUGGAUCAAUUCCACUCUUUUCAUAGGCUUUCGCCGAAGUCUAUCCAUGAAUGACUUGGGAAGCCUUGGCCCCGACUUCUCAUCACAUAGUCUGGUGCAGAAAUUCGAGCGCAUAUGGGAAGCAUCUGCAAAGAACAAGCCGCAUGCAUUGACCAAAGCAUGUUAUCGCGCCCUAUUUUGGCCAUUUGUUCUGACCGCACUGCCUCGUUUGUCGUACACAGCACUUACAUUUGCGGCUGCCUUUUUGCUGCAGGCUCUUUUACAGUACCUUGGCACCGAUAACCCAUCUGAUGAUGAACGUAAAAGAUUGAUAGCGGCGACGUUUAUCACAUAUUUGGGGAGAUCAGUGUCCACCACAAUGUACAGCUAUCUGGCGAAUUUCACUGCAACCCGCCUCCGUGGUAUGAUCGUGGGACAAAUCCUUAAGAAAAACCUUCGCCUCGCGGCUACGACCGCAGCAGAAGCAGCAGCUUUGACACAUAUUAGUGCCGACAUUGAAGGAAUCCUUGACAGUAUCCGGAUGGUCCACGAUCUCUGGAUAGGUCUACUAGAGCUCGCUGUAGGCCUUUACAUUUUAUCGACUAUCGUCGGAAAGGCCUUCUUUUUACCUCUGGUCCCAAUUAUAAUAUCAACUUUCAUUGGUUGGUAUGUUGGCAAACGCAUGGGCCCGGCUACCAUGGGUUGGAAUCAGGCAAUUCAAGACCGAAUCUCUACCAUCUCUGCUAUUAUGGGGCAGAUAACUGGUAUCAAGAUGAUUGGACUGGAGCAGAUCAUUGUCGACUUUAUUCAAGGUCUCCGCAAGUUUGAGAUUGAAAAGUCGAAGAUCGCGCGCAAGAUUCGAAUUAUUAUGAUCACAUUUUUGCCGAUCAACUAUUGGUUUACGCCGCUUGUACUCGUUAUUGGUGGCCGAUACUGGACUAUUUGGAAAGAUGGACUCGAACCUGUCUCUGUCUUCACCGCCUUUGCCUUCGUCUCAUUUCUUGGGGAUCCUGUGAAUGCGUUAUUCAAUCUGUGGCCAGAUGUCAACGCGCUUUUAGCGUCAUUCACCCGCAUUCAAAUAUUCCUCAACCUUCCAGAAGCCGAAGAUCCGCGACAACUUCGCAACUUUGCGACGCGAACAUCCCUUGAGGAGACCAGCAAGAAACCGGUUAAUGACUUGGUUCAAGCGGCAAAGGAGCGAUGUAUCUCGCUUCUAGAUGUUUCCAUCAACUCAAUUGAAAACGAUUCGGUUGUUUUGAAGAACGUCAAUCUUUCGGUUUCGCUCAAUACUUUAACCAUCAUUAUCGGUGCUGUUAGAAGUGGUAAAUCGACUUUACUUAAAGCUUUCAUCGGCGAGGCUAUGCCUUCGUCGGGAAAGAUUCAGGUUUUGACCAAAGACAUUGCUUAUUGUGGACAGUCGACUUGGCUACCAAAUAUCACAAUCCGUCAAGCUAUAAUAGGUCUGACUGAUUUUGAUGAAGAGCGCUUCCAAACUGUCAUAAGAGCAUGCGCCCUUGAACAUGAUAUUCAACAAAUGGAAGGCGGUGACAGUCAUAUGACUGGUCAAAACGGGUCUAAACUCAGUGGUGGGCAAAGGCAGCGCCUCUGCCUCGCUAGAGCUAUUUACUCCUUAUCCCCCAUCGUUGUUUGCGAUGACAUUUUGAGCUCAUUGGAUGCUGUAACCUCUAAGUGCGUCUUUGAGGGCGUGUUUGGUCCCGAAGGGUUCCUUCAGCAGCAGGGCCGAACAGCUAUCCUCGCUACACAUGCAACUGAAUGGCUUCCAUUUGCUCACCAGGCUAUUAUGUUGCAAAACUUUGAAGCGCGUUCUUAUACUACCCCGGAAGAGAUCCAGAACUUAUCCCGAACUGUAGCAACGAUCGACGCGCCAUCAGUGAGCGUCGCCGAUGUCAACCAACCAGUGGAAGAUAACAAUAACCUCAUUCGCGUAAAAGAAGAGGUGCAAAACCCUGCAAGCCCAAUGGAUUCAUCACUGUAUCGUUUCUACUUCCAGGAUGUCAGCCCGUGGAUGUUUGCCUUGUUUUUAGCCCUCAUUCUUUCGGUUGGCACGUUGGAAAAGUUCCCUGAUGUUUAUAUGAGAAUCUGGAUCGAAAAAGACCCAACUAGCACGAGCUAUGUUUGGGGAAUGUUUGGAUUGAGUUGCCUGGCUAUGGUUAUCAACGGUGCAGCUGCAUGGCUAUACCAAAUUGUCAUGAUCCCAAAAGCUGCAUCUAAAAUGCAUCUCAUAUAUAUCAAAGCAGUUAUGCGAGCCACCCUCCCCUACCUUACAUCAACAAACAAUGGGUCCCUGUUGAAUCGAUUUGGUCAAGACAUGAGCUUGUUGGCGAAGGAAAUGCCUAUGGCACUUUAUAGCGUGUCUUAUAUGACUGCUAUUCUCCUUACGACAGUCGGAAUGAUUGUGAGCGGAACAAAGUACGCAUUUGUUUUCCUCCCUUUCAUCGCCUUCAUUCUCUUGGUUCUCCAAGCAUUCUACCUACGCACUUCACGUCAAAUGCGAUUGCUUGAUCUUGAGGCUAAAACGCCACUUUACACCAAGAUUUCCGAAACUUGUUCGGGGAUCGAGCAUAUCCGCACCUUCGGGUGGGAAGAUCAUGUAAUUGAUGAGAGUCUCGAGCUACUUGAUUACUCACAAAAGUCCUUCUACUAUAUGUAUAGCAUUCAACGAUGGCUUCUACUGGUAUUGGAUUUGACUGGCACUGUCAUCGCAACCAUUCUCGUGGCUAUUGCGCUGCAGUGGACGCAUACCACAUCUCAGCCUAGCUUAGGACUAAGUCUCUUGGGUAUGCUGAACUUCAGUGGGAUUGCUCAACGCAUGGUUCUUGUUUGGACUAAUCUAGAGACAUCACUUGGUUCUAUUACACGCCUCAAAACGUUUGUCAAAGACACCCCGAAAGAGGAAGAUGGCCCGGACACAAAACCAGCACCUGAUCUUUGGCCAGCUGCAGGCUCGGUGGAGUUUCAUCACGUCAGUUCGUCAUACAGCGCUGGUGGAGAGCCCAUCAUGGCUCUGGAGAAUAUCAACAUUACCAUCAACGCAGGAGAGAAAGUCGUUGUGACUGGUAGAACUGGCAGUGGAAAAAGUAGUUUUAUGCUGACGAUUCUAAACUUUCUUCACCUCACUGGUACCGUCUCUAUUGAUGGCAUUGACAUCUCCAAGGUUCCUCGUGAGCAGCUCCGUCGCGCUAUCACAACAUUGCCACAAGAUCCUGUUAUUAUCCCGGGGACGCUGCGUCAAAACUUACUGCCCUUUGAGCCUUGCAUGGAACGCCUAGUAGCGCCCCGAGCUGAAGAAAAGGGGAAAGAACCAAUCGUGGAAGACGAAGAGCCGGUUGACAUCGAUGACUUGGAUGAGGUGCAAGUCAACGACAACGCGGGCAAUGUAAUCGAGGUUGAUGAGGGAGGCAUUUUACACGACGGCGCUGUUUAUCAAGUUUUGAAAGAUCUUGGCCUGGAAGACUACGUCCUAGAACGGGGAGGGUUGGAUGUCGAGAUUAAACUCAUGGAGUUUUCAGCUGGUCAGAAGCAGCUCGUAGCCAUUGCUCGAGCUAUGCUGCAUCGACUCAAAUAUAGAACCAAGAUAGUUCUGAUGGAUGAGCUGACCAGUAGCUUGGACUAUGACACCGACCGCCGAGUUCAGAGAGCUUUGAAGAUUGCAUUCAGCAAAUGCACUCGCAUCAUCAUAUCUCACCGAAGUACAGGGCUGGAAGAUUGCGACAGAAUCUUGACCCUCAAAGAUGGCUGGCUCACUGGUCAGCGGGAAAUUGAAAGAGAUACCUCUGAUGACUACGAUAGCCCUUUCGACGAGAAUGAAAGGGAAGCAAUGAGGCAAACUGCCGCGAACGUACAGAGAGCCGCGCAGUCCGAACCUCUGCAGGCAAUUCCUCUUAGCUGGAUGGGUGCAGAUGACGCUAAGCGAUGGCUUGAAGAAACAGAGACAGAAACCUCGGGAGUUGAUGGUUCCGAUGCAAAUAGACCCGAUGUUAUACAUCGACGUCAUAUUAAAGCAUCAAUCAAGGCACUUCGAAGAGCUAAGCAGGAGAGAGAUGGGACAAGAAGCCGCAAAUCAACCGACUCCCAAGCCGGCAGCCAGCGAACAGUUAAAUCCAGCGCAAGCAGACGAUCCAACGCGUCUGGUUCUUCCAAUGUCACGGCACAAGCACCAAAUACUAGUGACGAAGUUGGCGAAGGUUCUCAGAGCAGGCAGAUAGCCAGCCAAGAUCCUGUUGUAGGAGAUUCCAGUGAGGCAAUCAAGCCGGAGCAUGCGGAUGGCAGGUCAGACGCGGAGUAG